CAUUCUAUAAUAUUGUCUCCUCCAGUCCUCCUCUCCUCAUCCCUAACCAAAAGAAAAAAUUACUAGCCUCUCUCUGCAAAAUAUUUAAAGACCUUAUCCAUUUCUGUUUCUUGGGAACUGUAUCGGUUAUUUAGUUUUGCAAAAUUAUAUAUGGAGAAGGCAAAGCAAAUAGUUGGUUCAUCUUCGUCGUCGUCCUUUACUAAUGAUCUGUUUGGUCCCAAAGAGCCCUCAUACCCGUCGCUAUUUGGUUCCGUUUUUGGUCCACCUUCCACGGGACUAAGAAGAGAUCCCAUUCAAGCUGUGGAUAAAAGUUUAUCAAGAACACAAGAAGCAGGGAACCAGUAUGGCAAUGCAAAAUAUGGUGGCCAAUAUGUUUAUUCUCCAACUACUACCCAGGGCUCUCAGGGUAAUAUUGUGAAGAAAGAUGGGGGAGGUGAUGGUUCAAACUCUGCUUCAAGAGGAAAUUGGUGGCAGGGAUCACUUUACUACUAAGGCCUUGCCUUUGUCCAUGUAAAUCUCCUCUGUAAUUACUUAGGAGAUAAGAGAUCAAAGCAUUUUUCACCAGCAAGGAGUAAGAGAUAUUACAACAUCAGUCCCUCUCUUUGCUUUAUCUUCUAGAUGAACUAAGCCAAGCUUGUACAUGAGUUAAUCCUCCUUACAGUUGCUGAACUUCUCUUGUAUUUAUCUAAUUAAUAUAAAUCCAACUAAUUAAUCUUAA